AGCUAAUACGGCGACUGAAUCUACAGGCAAGGCAAACUUCGCGUGCAGGGCAGGGUGCCCAAACGAGAUGCAGAAUACAGAGCACUGGGAGCUGUGCAUCACCAUGCGCGCAUCCCUCGUAACUACCAUCACUAGUAAUACCCUCUUAAUCCCUGUGUCUCGAAAAAGGUAUCCAUGUCCUGUCUCGGUGCACGAAGUGCGUCGACAGGGGUGCUGGUUGCGGGGUCGUCUGCCUUCUUUCCGACCUGCUUCUAGAUCUUGAGAACCGCAGAGAAAUCGUGGUUGCUGUGCCGCACUAAACUAUACCCCAAUAUUGCAGCUGCCUUGUCUUACUGCUUCCUAUUUUUCAGCCAGAUUGAUUUGCAGUCUGAAUAUACAAAGUAUUGCCUGGUCUUGCAUACAAUUUAACCCACACGAUUACCCACGCAGCUUGCUUUGUCUGAUUCCACACUGUGAUAUUUGCAUUUUAUAACUCCCCUGUGUUAUUAUCAAUCAUCGCAAGCUGCAUCAUGGACGCUAUCCUGCAGAAAGCAACUGAUGAGGUGUACAAGCUCGUGGAAGCCGAUGAUGAGUUCUUGCGAAGACGAACAAUCGAUAAACUCAGAGAUCUUCAAUAUGCUCUUGAGACGCCCGAAGAGUCUAUGCAGAGACUCAUCUAUCUGGGACUCACCACUUCGUCUAUUCGUGUCAGUUACAAUCUUGACAUCUUCAACAAGCUGGUAGAAGCCGAUCAUCCUCUGGCACUUGACGAGCUGGCCGAAACCACUGGAGCAGAUCCUGUCUUGCUAGGUCGCAUUCUUCGCCAUCAAUCCUCUAUGGGAAUCAUCGACGAACCUUCUAAAGACACCUUUACUCAUUCCCAAACUACGCGCAACAUUGCCAAACCCGAUAUCGCAGCAGGUAUCCAGUUCUGUGCCGAUGUCUUGGGCCCAAUGUACGCGGCUAUACCUUCUUUCCUCGCCGAACGCUCCUAUCAAAAUCCGACCUCUCUCAGCGACACCCCUUUCAAUCAAGCAUGGAAUACUAAGCUCCCGCUUUGGGGCUGGCUCGCUGAAAACCCCGAACAUCGUGCUCGCUUCAACCGCUUCAUGUUUGCGCAGCGCUCAAGCGUUAAGGACUGCUUCUCGUUCAUCUCACUGGACAAAGAAGCCGAAGGCUGGUCCGCGGAAAAGCCUCUCUUCGUUGAUGUCGGAGGCGGCGUCGGACAGCAGUGUAUUGCCCUCAAGGAGAGGUGGCCUGGGAUUCAAGGUAGAGUUAUCUUGCAGGAACUGCCUGAUGUCAUCGUCAAUGCUCGCGCACAGCCGCUACCUGACGACAUUGAGACUAUGGAAUAUGACUUCUUUACUCUGCAGCCAGUGAAGGGGGCCAAGUUCUACUACUUCCGCGCGAUCAUGCACAAUCACUCCGACGAGAAGUGCGUCGAAAUUCUGAAGAACCAAGCCGAUGCUAUGGAUGAAGGAUCUACUGUUUUGCUAGAUGAAAUUGUGGUUCCGGAUACGAAGGUCGAGUGGUUCGUCACGCAGACAGAUUUGGUCAUGAUGGGCCAGUUUUCCGCCAUGGAGCGCACUGAGAGUCAGUGGCGGAGCAUGCUUGCGCUGGCCGGUCUCAAGGUCAAAAGUAUUACGACUUAUACACAUGGUUUUCGAUUGAGCAUUAUUGCUGCAACUAAAUGA